AUGUGCGGUUUGUGUGAUAAUUUGUUCAAUUUUUUGAUCAACAAACCAGGUCCAAUUAUGUCACGAGAAAAUGGAAAGAUGUUAAAUUUCAAUAAGAACGGUUUGAAUGGUUCUUUACCUACUUUCAUUGACUUUCUCCAGUUGGAAGUGUUGGAUUUGACAUACAAUCUCUUGAGUGGAAGUAUAGAAUCUCAGUUGAAUGGAUUGUCAGGGUUGAAAAGUUGGAAUCUUAGCUUCAAUACGUUCACUGGUUCAAUUCCUAUUGCAAAAAUUCAUGCUCGUAUGCUUACAAUGAAUAAUUUCCAAGGUUCUAUCCCAAAAGAAAUCGCACAUUAUCGGAACUUAAGUUGGAUAGAUUUUACCAUGAAUAAGCUUUCAGGGUCUCUUCUUAUGAAAAUUGGAGAGCUCUCUCUAAGUUGGAGGUCUUGA